AUGUUUCAGAUCGGCAAGACCAAAGUGCUGAGUGAUGUGGACGAUACAUUAGUGUGCAGUGGAGGGGAUCGCAUUGCGGGGAUUGACUUCUCCAUCCCACGCAAAGCCCUUUAUCCGGGUGUUCUACUGUUCUAUAGAUUGCUGGAAAUGGGCGAUACAGGCAGUGCAGGUAAACUUAUAUGA